ACCUUGAAAAGUAGACGAUAAGUAAAUGCCCGCGGAGAUGGACAGUAGUGAAGGUGACGACCGAGAAACUCCACCGGCAAUAGCAAUUCCAUCAAAGAAUUCAGAUUCCGAUCCCAACGCGGCGAAUUCUGUUUCAGAAUCCUCCGUCAGUGGCUUUCAGAACAACAGCGGGUCGAAGACGCCUGCCUCGAAUGGAACAUUGCUGACCACGGACCGCGCCCGAGAAGAAGUUGGGAGAUGGGUGAAUAAUGCGAUACUAUCAAAAGUCGAUUGCGAUGCUAUAGAUAUCCUUUUAAAGGACUACGAUUCCCUACGAGAAAAGACUACCAAGCUUAAAUCUCUGUUGGGUCGCUCGGCGAAGGCCCAACGCGAGGCAAAAGUCGAUCUUGACGCGAGUCAAAAGCGCCUCGACCAUGCAAAUCGAGAAAUCGAACGCUUAAACAAGAAGAUCGACAAGUUUGCGAAUCGGCCCACUCAUAUGGAGCUUCUCGCUGAUUUCGAGACAAAUUUUGAUCGUGCUCUGCUUAGUUUUGGACAGUCGGGUGGGCAGGACACCGCUCAGCCAGUCUCCCCUAAUGAUGCAGACAUUGAUAUCGACAAUUCUGCCGUUGUUGACGCUCUGCUAAUGCAGGAACUCUCUGAGUCUAAGCAGCGCAUUGAAAAGCUGGAAAGUUUGAAUGCUGUGCUCGUACACCGCUCGUCGCAAAUGGAGAGCGAAGCAAAAGAACGCAAACGGGAUCGCGACGAACUGAUGCGCCAGGUUGCCCACCUAGAAUUGGAGAAACGCAUGGCAGUCAUGGAGGCUGAAGACGCUACGAAAGCCAUGCAAGAAAAGGCUGCUAGUCUGGCAGAAAUGCAAAUGGAAAUUGAGCUCGUUACGAAGGCUUCCGUCAACGCCAACGUUCGGGCUGCACAAGGAGAAGAAAUUAUGAAGACGGUAAAAACGGAUAAACAGUAUGUUCAGGAGUUGGAAUCUCGGGUUCAGGCUUUACAAGAGUGGGCACUCGCAUCAUCUGAAUCGAAGUUCUUGGCCCAGGAACGAGUUCGACUUCUGGAGAGUCAAUUGAAAGUCUUACAACGAAAUCGGACACCACUUUCCGACGAUGCUUCUCCGAACGAGCGAAUCCUAUGGUUUCGCAAAGGAGCUUUGGUCGUUGGAGCAGGAGAUGUAGGAGCACGUGUCGUGGGCAUAGGGGAAGAAUUUGCCGAAAAACUGAGACCUUCGGAACGGGUGGUGCUGCGUUGGCAGUUCGAUCUGACAGGAGACGACCUCGACAUAUUCUUUAGCAUUUUGAAAGGACGAUGCGAGACAGCAACUACGCGAAAAAAUGCGGACAUUUUGGCUAGAGUACGCAAGGUGAAGGGCGGAGCGGCGGGGGAACUCGAGAAUGCCUUUGAUGUUGCGGCAACAUGA